AUGGCCGUGUACGACGUAUCGUCACAGAGGCGCUCUCUGCUGGCCGACGCGACCACACUGGCCCUGCUGCCUCCUGCGCUGCUGCGUGCCCUCCAGAGCCAACCGCCGUCUGCUGCCUCAACGGCGACCACUUCGACAUCGUCCACGCCAACGCCGCAACCACAAACCGCGGCCAGCUUUCUGGACGCUGUGGCCCAAGCGGCACUGCUGCCGCGUCUGACCGGGCCGCUAUUUGCCCACUUCGAACCCCUCUUUGCCGACAUCUGCGCACGGUGGCUGCUCCACUCCCGCCGAGGCGUUCAGGACGACACUGUCCUCGCUGCUUUUGCCAGAAUCCUCCCACUGGCACCCUACCUGUCGGUCCUUCUGGACAAGUACCUAGACGAAACAGCCGUGGCUGCGGAACCGGGUUCCUCGACGACCGUACCGCUCCUACAUACCCUGUCCACUCUCUACGACGCCGCUCCGAACGAAAAAAGCACCUCUUUACCCCCCUCCCCUUCCGCCUCACAGUCUACGUCACACUCUACCUCGGCCACCGCCCCGCCGCCAGACUCCGACCUUGUCCGUAUUCUCCUCGUCCUGUGGCGUCUGGUGAACCUCGACGCUUCGGCCUACGCCCAGCUCGUGCCCGCGGGCCUCCAGUCGCUCUUCCACCAUACCUCUCCGCCCGUCCGUUUUCUCGCCAUUCGCAUCUUCUGUCUCGUGCACGCCGCGGCCGACUUUAAACUGGAGAGUGUCCUCCGACAAUGCAUUCUCGAGGGGGACUCCUUGGUGGCUGAUUUCGACGGCGUCCAGGCCGACUAUACCUUCCUCACGCUGUAUGAUCACACCCGGUGCAAAGAACUGCACGAGCGGGUCCUUGCCAUUCAGUCUCCCCCCCGUCAGGCAAAAGAGGAGGAUGUUGCGGACAACGAGACAGAGGGUUUGCCCCUAGUCCUAUCUCUCACACCCCUCGUCAGUGCAUGGGGUCGCAGCGUCAUCCCGCGUCCUGCUGCAGACACGGCGCUGGACGGCACGACCGCCUCGACCCAGCCCUCGCCUCUUACCAAGACGUCGACCACGCUCCGCAACCUCGAAUCUCUUGCACAGUGCCUGCAACAUCCCCAGCCAAUCCUGCUGCGUGGCCUACCUGGCUCUGGAAAGACGUCUGUGGUCCGCGAGGCUGCACGCGAGCUCGGCAUGGAGGCCGGCCUCGUCACACUGCACCUCAACGAGCAGACCGAUGCCAAGACACUCAUUGGCCUCUACUCGGCCGGUACAAAGCCGGGCUCGUUCCAGUGGCGUCCGGGAAUCUUGACCGUUGCGGUGCAGGAGGGCCGCUGGGUUCUGAUUGAGGACCUCGACCGCGCCCCCAACGAGGUCAUGAGCACCAUCCUCCCGCUGAUCGAGCGUCGCGAGCUGCUCAUCCCCAGCCGCCGCGAGACGAUCAAGGCCGCUCGCAACUUCCGCAUUUUUGCUACGGUCCGUACCACCCUGGGCCUCAACGGUCAGGAGACGACGCGCUCCUUGCUCGGCGAGCGGCUCUGGCGGCAGCUUUCGGUGCAGCCGCUGCCGCCAACGGAGCUGCGGCAAGUUGUCUACGACAGCUUCCCGUCUCUGCAAGCCCUUGCAGCCGACAUCCUCGCCGUCUUUGACCAGCUGACGGCCCUGUCAUCCAAGAAGAACAGCUCACUCUCGCCGGCCGCCAUUGAGCGGCCCAUGACCCUGCGUGACCUCAUGAAGUGGUGUCGGCGACUACAGCGUGUUCUUUUCCGUCCCGGCUCGGGACAGUCGGCUGCCUCAAGGACAGUGACGGAGACGGACAUGAUUGGCAUCUUCCUUGAUGCUGUGGACUGUUUUGCCGGAAGUGUCAAGGACGACCGCGUGCGCAAGUACCUUGGCCAGACCAUUGCGCAGGCGCUGCGCAUUCCACCCGACGUGGCCGAGCACGCGCUUGUGUCCCACGAGCCCCCAUUCAAAGACGGCGAGAAGCAGCUCUCUGUGGGCCGUGUAACGCUCAAGAAGCCAAGACGGGUCGGCGGUGCCAACGGCCUUGUCAAGUCCAAGGGACGGCCAUUUGCCACGACAGCACAUGCACGCCGCCUGCUCGAGCAGAUUGCCGUCGCCGUCGACCUCAAGGAGCCGCUUCUGCUUGUCGGCGAGACGGGCAUCGGCAAGACCACUGUGGUCCAGCAGCUGGCCGAGUCCAUGGGCCACAAACUGGUCGUCGUCAACCUGUCGCAACAGAGCGAGGUCGGCGACCUGCUCGGUGGUUUCAAACCCGUCAAUGCCCGCAGCUUGGCGAUGCCCCUCAAGGAGGAAUUUGAGGACCUCUUUGCGGCCACGGGCAUCUCCACGGAGAAGAAUGAGAAAUACCUGAAGCGCAUCAGCUCCAGCAUCGCCCGUGGGCGCUGGGCCGAUGUCUGUCGGCUUUGGCAGCAAGCACCCAAGAUGUUUGACAAGAUCCUGGAGCAGCUGACGGAGCGUCAGAACGCAGCUCGUGUCGAGGCAACCGUAGCAGCCACAGCAGCGACAGCUGGCGCAGCGUCAGAGGGCGCUGCCGACGCCCAGCCAACCAAGCGCAGAAAGACGGAGUCGUCCAAGCUCAAGGCCCUGCAAGACCUGAAGCCGCGAUGGGCUUUGUUUUCUGAAAAGCUAGAGCAGUUCGACAUCCAGGUCGCCAGCGGCCAAGGCGCGUUUGCGUUUGCCUUUGUCGAGGGCAAGAUCGUCCAGGCUGUGCGGAACGGCGACUGGCUGCUCCUGGACGAAAUCAACCUGGCCUCGCCCGACACGCUCGAGAGCAUUGCCGAUCUGCUCUCGUCUGGCCCCGGACAUACUCCCUCUAUUCUGCUGUCGGAGACCGGCGAGAUUGACAAGAUCGAGGCCCACCCCGAGUUCCGCGUCUUCGGUGCCAUGAACCCAGCCACCGAUGUCGGCAAGAGGGACCUGCCUAUUGGUCUGCGGUCACGCUUCACCGAGCUCUACGUGGCCAGCCCAGACCGGGAGAUCCAAGACCUGGUGCCGAUUAUCAAGACCUACCUCAAGGGUAACGCCAAGGUCAGCGACCGCAUUGUCGAGCGCGUUGCCCGCCUGUACCUUUCCAUCAAGGGCCUGGCUGAGGAAAAGAAGCUUGUGGAUGGUGCCAACGAAGUGCCGCACUACAGUCUGCGCACGCUCACCCGCGUUCUCCGUUAUGUCGACGAUGUGGCACCCUUUUACGGUCUCGAGCGUGCCCUUUUCGAGGGGUUCUGCAUGGGCUUCCUCACAUUACUGAGCCAAACAUCGGAAAACAUGGUCAUGCCGCUGAUCUUGGACCACCUGUUUGGCGACGCUACCAGCAAGCAGCGCCGCCAGGCCAUACUGGCCCAGGCUCCGCGGACACCCAGCGAUGGUCGGCCCUACGUGCGUUUCCUAAACAAGGACAAGGACCGCCAGUACUGGCUUAUGCAGGGCGCGGAGCCUGUCGUUGAGCGCGAAGACUACAUCCGUACUGCUUACGUCGAGCGCAACUUGCUGAAUCUCGUCCGCGCCACGUCGACGCGCCGCUUUCCCAUCCUCAUACAGGGCCCGACGUCCGCGGGCAAGACAAGCAUGAUCGAGUACCUGGCCCAAUUCAGCGGCAACAAAUUUGUCCGUAUCAACAACCACGAGCACACCGACCUGCAAGAGUACCUCGGCACAUAUGUGUCCGGCGCCGACGGCAAGCUGCGCUUCCAGGAGGGUGUUCUCGUCCAGGCGAUGCGUCAGGGGCAUUGGAUUGUUCUUGACGAGCUGAACUUGGCGCCGACCGACGUGCUCGAAGCGCUCAACCGUCUCUUGGACGACAACCGCGAGCUGCUGAUCCCCGAGACGCAGGAGAUUGUGCGUCCCCACGAGAGCUUCAUGCUCUUUGCGACGCAGAACCCGCCGGGCCUCUACGGCGGUCGCAAAGUCCUCUCGCGGGCCUUCCGCAACCGUUUCCUCGAGCUCCACUUUGACGACAUCCCCGAGAACGAGCUGGGCUACAUCUUGCAAAUGCGCUGCCGCAACACGGCGCCGUCCGACUGCGAGCGCAUCGUCUCCGUCUACAAAGAGCUGUCGCGCCUGCGCCAGACGAGCCGUGUCUUUGAGCAGAAGAACAGCUUCGCCACGCUGCGCGACCUGUUCCGCUGGGCUCUGCGCGAGGCCGACAACCGCGACCAGAUCGCCUGCCACGGAUUUAUGUUGCUGGCAGAGCGUGUGCGUGACGAGGAGGAGCGCAUGUCGGUGAAGAGCGUCAUCGAGACCAUUUUCAAGACCAAGAUCGACCUCGACGCCAUCUACGGCCCCGGCGCCAGCGCCGAUCUGCGCCGGUUCGAGGCCAAGCAAAAUACAUCGCAGCAGGUCGUCUGGACCAAGGCCAUGCGGCGCCUCUUCGUGCUGGUCACACAGGCCCUGAAGAACCGCGAGCCGAUCCUGCUGGUCGGCGAGACGGGCUGCGGCAAGACGACAGUCUGCCAGAUGGUGGCCGAGGCCGCGGGCCGUGAGCUGCACAUUGUCAACGCCCACCAGAACACGGAAACGGGUGACCUGAUUGGCUCGCAGCGCCCCGUGCGCAACCGCAGCGCCAUCACCGAGUCCCUGCGUCGCGACCUGGUCGAGGCGCUGGCCCUUUUGCCUGCAAGCGACGAGAGCCAGGCCGUCACCAGCGACGACACGGCAGACACGCUGAUGGACAAGUACAGACUGCACAGCCUGGAAGAGAGAGAAAGCCUGCUGCCCCCGGACCUGAUUGGGCGCAUUGCCCGCGACGAUGCGCGGAGCAAGGCGCUGUUUGAGUGGUCGGACGGCAGCCUUGUCCACGCGAUGAAGACGGGCAGCUUCUUCCUCCUCGACGAAAUCUCGCUGGCCGACGACUCGGUGCUUGAGCGUCUGAACUCGGUCCUGGAGCCGAAGCGCACCUUGUUGCUGGCGGAAAAGGGCGUGGGCGAGGGCGACGACGACCCGACAGUGCAGGCCCAGGAGACCUUCCAGUUCCUCGCGACCAUGAACCCUGGCGGUGACUUUGGCAAGAAGGAGCUGUCGCCGGCCCUGCGCAACCGGUUCACCGAGAUCUGGGUCCCGCCGCUGACCGACAGCGAGGACGUCGAGGCCAUCGUCUCCGCCACGCUGGACGAGAACGUGCGCCGCCUUGCCAAGCCCAUUGUGGCCUUCUCGUACUGGUUCGGCCGCACAUUCCGCGCGUCUUCUGCCACGCCCUUUUCGAUCCGAGACAUUCUCGUCUGGGCGCAGUUUGUCAACAAGUGCAGCCAGACGUCGACGCCCGAAGCUGCCCUGAUCCACGGUGCGGCGACCGUCUUCAUCGACACGCUCGGCGCCAACCCGUCCGCCAUGGUUUCGGCCGACCCUGCUGUGGCUGGCGAGCAGCGCGAGCUUUGUUUGCACAAGCUGGGCCAGCUGCUGCAGCUCACGGGCAACGCAGUGGCGUCCAUCUACCAGUCAGAACCUGUGCUGCGAGCCACCGAGGACACGCUGUGGGCCGGCGACUUCAGCAUCGAGCGGUCGGCCGCCGGUGCGCUGGAUGCCAGCUUCGAGUUCGAAGCACCCACGACCAAGAUGAACGUCAUGCGUGUCGUCCGCGCGCUGCAGAUGAACCACAAACCGGUCCUGCUCGAAGGCAACCCCGGCGUCGGCAAGACGACCCUGAUCAGCGCCCUGGCGCGUGCCUGCGGCCAGCCACUGACGCGCAUCAACCUGUCGGACCAGACGGACCUCAUGGACCUCUUUGGUACGGAUGUGCCGGUCGAGGGCGCCGAGGCGGGCAACUUUGCCUGGCGCGACGCCCCCUUUUUGCAGGCCAUGCAAAAGGGCGAGUGGGUGUUGCUCGACGAGAUGAAUCUGGCGUCGCAGACGGUCCUCGAGGGCCUCAACGCCUGUCUCGACCACCGCGGCGAGGUGUACAUUGCCGAGCUCGACCAGACGUUCAAGCGCCACAAGGACUUCCGCCUGUUUGCCGCGCAGAACCCGCACCACCAGGGCGGCGGCCGCAAGGGUCUGCCCAGCUCGUUUGUCAACCGGUUCAUCGUCGUCUACGCCGACGUCUUUACCGAGGCCGACCAGCUGCGCAUCGCCUACAAGCGCUACCCGACCAUCCCCGCCGACACGGUCCGCAGCAUCACCAACUUUGUCGCCGCGCUGGAGCGUGAGGUCGUUGCGAACCGCUCGUUUGGCCUGCAGGGCGCGCCGUGGGAGUUCAACUUGCGCGACACGCUGCGCUGGCUGGCGCUGGCGGCCGCGCCCCAUGCAUCGGCCGUCCAGGACUACUUUGACAUUACGGUGCGCCAGCGCUUCCGGACAGCGCGCGACCGCCAGGAGGUCGCGCGCCUCUUUGCGACCGCCUUUGGUCGCCCCCACGAGCCGCACAGCCUGUACCACGCCGUGGGGGCCAGUGCAGCACAGGUUGGCUUUGCGCUCCUCGGCCGCAACCUCGUCUCGCAGCCAACGCCCGACUUUCCCGGCCUCCACGCAGCGCCGCGCCUGCCCGAGCUCGAGUCGUUGCUGGUGUGCGUGCAGAACAAUCUCCCGUGUAUCCUCGUGGGCCCAUCCGGUACGGGCAAGUCGGCGCUGCUGCAACACGUGGCGGCUCUGGCGGGCAAGCCCCUGGUCGUGUUCCCCCUGAGCGCCGACGUGGAUGCCAUGGACCUUGUGGGUGGCUUUGAGCAGGCUGACCCUGUCCGCGAGGUUCUCGCGAGCGUGUCUGAGCUGAAAGAAAGCCUCGAGCUCUUCUUGUUGGAGCACGCCUCGGACACGCCGACCGACAAUACGACGGCACCGGCGUCGACAGCUGCCGCCGAGCUGGUGCGUACCAUCCGUCUUCGGCCUCGCAACAACCAGGGUGGUGGUGGAGCCAGUGGAGCUGCUGGCGCUGCUACCGGUGAGGCCGAGUAUUUCGCUCGCCUGGCGCAGUGCAUCGCCCGCCUUGCGCCCCUGAUCGAUGCCCAGUCGCCGCUCGCCGCCGUCCUGUCCCAGACGCACGACCUCCUCCAGCAGCCACUCACGCUCGAGAACCCUCGCUUCGAGUGGCUCGACAGCAUCAUCGUCCAGGCGGCCCAAGCCGGCCACUGGCUCGUGCUCGACAACGCCAACCUCUGCAACGCGUCCGUCCUGGACCGUCUCAACUCGCUGCUUGAGCGGCCGCAAGGAUUCCUGAGCAUCAACGAACACAGCGGCCCCGACGGCGCACCGCGAAUCGUCGAGCUGCACCCGGAUUUCCGCGUCUUCCUGACCGUGGAUCCGCGGUACGGCGAGCUCUCGCGAGCCAUGCGCAACCGGUCCAUUGAGAUUUUCAUGGACUACGACACCGACAACGAGCAGGCCUCGGCGCUCCGCGUGGAUCCGUACAAGCACCACAUUACGCCCGUGGAGGCACGCAUGCACCGCUAUCUCCAGGUGACCGGCCAUCUUGUGUCCGCCAACACCAACGCCGAGGCCGCGCUCCCGCUGUGGCUCGACAACCUCUCUCUGGGCGACUCGAUGCUUCUCGAGCGCUUCCUCCGCGCCGUCGAAGCCGGCACGCUCGUCAAGGUCGCCGGUGGUGAUGAGACGCAGACGCAGGUUGUGUUGGGCCGUCUGCGCGCCCUGCUGGCCUUUGUCAAGUCUGCUGAUGCCCAGCCCAUCCGCGAAGCCAUCCUGAGCCAGUACAACCAGUUUGCCGAAUCCCGCUUUGGAGAGGAGGAUGCUAGCUCGGCGCAGGCAGCACAGCUCGGCCGUCUGCUGGUCCACGAACAGCCCCUGCAUCCCUUCCAAAAUGCGCCUCUCGCUCGCGCUCUCCGUCAUGCUUCGCCCGAGUCGGCUGCUGGUGCCUGGUGGCAGGCCGUCAGCUACGAGCGCUACGCCGACGUCUACUACGCCCACGAGGACCUGCAGAUGCAGGCGCAGCGCGCGUCCAUGUACCUGUCCAAGAUCUCUCUCCUGACGCGUCUGCAGCGCUCGUCGCUCGUGGAGCAGGUGGCUCUCAUCAAGCGCGACUCGACGGCCCACGCCUACAAGUUCCUGGACGGAGUGGCCCGGCAGGUCCUCCAGUUCUGCCUGGCCUUGGCUGGUCCGUCGGCAGGAACUGGCAGGGGGGGCGGCUUGGUCGACCGCUAUCUGCUCAACAUUGUGUGGCACUUUUGGUGGCGCACGCAUGCUCUGGCAUCGCAGUCGAGCUUUGACGAGGCCCAGUUCCAGGCUCAUCUGGGCUACGGUCGCCGCCUCCUGGACGACGGCAAGAAGUCGCUGCUGGGCGUGACAGCCUCUUCGUCCACGCCCCUUCUCCCUGCGUUUGUGUCUGCUGUCAUCCAGCGCCUUGAGGACGACUUUGCGGCCGGCUUCAAGCUCACCACCGGUCUGAGCAUGGACGUGCUCUGGCCCGUGCUCCGGCCGCUGCCCAUCCCCAACAUUGCCUCCUACAGGCAAAUCACCAGCAUGGAGCGCCUGGCCGCCCGCUUUGACAGCCUCAAGUGGCGCGUGUCGUCCGCCACGGCUGCCGACCUCGGCAAGGUCAUCACCUCGUUGGCCGACGCGUACCGUCUUCUGCGCGUGGACGGCGCUGACUCUGCUAUUCUCGUCCAGGCUCUCGCAGAUGAGAUUGGCCGGCUCGAGGCCAUGGUGGGCGACGACCGCCAGCAGCCUGGCGCGCUGCCGCUAUUUACUAACAUCUUUGAAGCCGUGCGCCAGCUGCAUGUUCUAUACGGAGCCGCCGGAACGAGCCAGGACGACCAGCUCAGCACCCUCGUCCUGUCCGACCUGCCGACCGCCUCCCAGCUGCGUCUGCGGAGCUCCGUCGGCGCCGCCAACGUGCUGCAGACCGUCGACCACCUGCUCAGCCAGGACUCGUCCAUCCGCCCGUGGAGCGGCACGCUGUCGAGCCAGCUGCUACGCAAAUGCGACGUCAUCACGUCGUCGUCGACCCUUGCUUCUCUCCGCUCGCUGGAGAGCGAGCUGCCAUUAGUCAGCAAGAUGGUCGCACAGUCGUCCGCGUCCAUCGUUGCGGAUCCGGUGGCGAAGCUAACCCAGGGGCUCUGGGACCUGCUCGUUCUUGUUAUUGCACCGCACGACGCGACGCUGCACGCCAACAUCGAGUCACUCUUUGAAACGGCCGUCAACCACCCCCGGAUUGCCGACGUGGUCAUUUCUCAGAACGGCCUCGUCCUCACCGCCGCCCAGGACGAUGGAACCAGCCGCGCGCUCCUGGCUCAGAGUGUGAUCUGGCCCGGUCUCGACAAGAGCUUUGAGGCGUCGUGGCCUGAGCACUUGGGCCGCCAUCUCGCGACGGUCCUCAGCCAGCACUUUAUGCCCGCAAUCUUGGCCCUCGCCGCGUCCAAAGAGCACGCAACGGGCCCCCUGCACCAACCUUUUGCGGCCAUUGCCUGGGUGCAGUUUGCUCUGGGCUGCAUCAAGCUGUACACGCCUGACAAAGUCUUUGAUCCGUACCUCAAGUGGCAAACCGAGCAGGAGUUUGAUGCGUCCCUGCGUGCGUCGCUGGACCACAAGGCCGUGUCACUCCGCCAGUUUGACCGCUCGUUUAUGAACCAGGAGGCCACCGCCGCGACGAACCUGCGCCUGAAGCUGGUGGAAGAGGACAUUGUUGUGCUCGACACCACGAUCGAGGCAGCGAACAGGAAACGCAACCACCAGCAACCCACGACCAACAUCUACCGCCCGCCCAGCACGGGCAACGCCAGCGAGCUGUCUCGCCUGCAAAAGGACGUCUUUAACCCUGUUCUGGACAUCACCGUCAAGGACAACCUCGGUGCCGCGCACUACCGCCUUGUGUCGUCGCUUCUCGCUGUGAAAACCUCGACCGCAUCCACAGAGGCGCGCCAAGAGCUCCAGCUUGUCCAGGGCAACGUUACGCGCCUGAUCGAGCGUCUUCUGGCCAGCUUCACCGCAUACCAGGACCUGGCCGUGCCCCUAGCCAACCUCUUGCGCUGUCUGCAGCUUGGUCUCUCUCUCAGCGAGAGCGCGCCGCCCCCCUCGGAUGUCAGCUCUGAUGGCGAAGACACGCGCACACCCGCAGCCCAGUGGCUCAACGUGGCGCCGUUCCUGAAAGGCCGCCUGGCUCACGCCGAGGACAUCCCGCACGCAAUCUCCAAGAGCUGGGAGUUUUUGCAGUUUGGCAGUGUCUGUGCUGCUGUCGACGGAGCUGUAGACGGAUCCAACGGCAAAGCGAUCAAUGCCUCAGCGUUCUCGACCGAGGGACGCCGCCGCAUUUUCGAGACGUUCCACCACUUCUUUGAUGAGUGGAAGAAGAAGCUGGCGGCGGACCAGAAGGCGGAGCAGGACAAGAACAACCUGUACCGGUUCCGCGGCAGCCUGGAGGACGAGGAAGAGCAAGACGCGGCCGAGUUUACCGAGCUGUUCCCCACAUACUACGACGAGGACAACAAGGACCGCGACCAGCAGGGCACCCCUGCGGCCAACAACGCGGCCGCCGCCACAUCCAAGUCAACGUGGGACCUGUCAGCCGACAUCGCCCAGAUCCACAACGAGAUUCUGCAGCCGUCGCGUCCUGCCACCGACGUGAUUCUUGAUUUCUGCAAGUCGACCGCCCGCGCCAUGGCGAAGGAGAACGUCGACGAGGAGCAGGUCGUGGCCAUCUCGCCGUUGAUGGAUGGCCAGAUCCUCCCGGCGACAAUGCUGGUGCUGGACGACAAGCUGCGCGAGCUGCAAAACGCGAGUGUCACGGUCACGGUGCCCCAGAAAACCAAGAACCCCAAGAAUGCCAAGAACCCGUCGCAGUACAACUUUUACGCCGACACGAACCUGCCCGAGGCGCGAAAGCUGGUUGCACUGGUGCACGACAUCCAGAUCAAGUUCCGCACCCUGCAGCGCAACGACGAGAUCGGCCACCUGCAGCCCAUUGCCGACGUGCUCGACGGGUGCGACAAGGUCCUGGAGCUGGGCUUUAACGAGCCGCUGGCCAAGGUGAUUCCCCGCGUCGAGAAGCUGCACGAGUUCUUGUACGAGUGGCAGUUCCGUGGAUACGCACCCCGCGUCUACCUCACGCCGACGCUCUACGACCGUACGACCGCCACGCUCGUGAGCUGGCGCAAGCUGGAGUUGUCGACGUGGAGCCGCCUCUUUGACACCGAGGUCGACACGUGCCGGCAGGAUGCCGGCACAUGGUGGUUCAUUGCCUACGAAGCGGCUGUCGCUGGGCCCAUGGCCAUCCUCCUCGAGUCGGGCAAGGACGUCCGCGAUCCCAACAGCACCGUUCUCGCCUACCACGCCGAGCAGCUUCUCAAGGAGCUGUCCUCGUACCUCGCCGGGUCCAUUGCUGGCCAAUACGGGGCCCGCCUCGACCUGCUGCGCCAGAUUGCCGCCCAUCUACGCCUACUCCUGCUCGACUACCCUGCCCUCACUGUCGUCUCCAACGCCUUGGAGAGCCUCAUUGGCUACUAUGCUCGCUUCGAGAGCCAGGCCAUCGAGGCCGUCAAGAAGGGACGCGAGGGCCUGCAGAAGAAGAUGAACGAUGUGCUUCUUCUGGCCAGCUGGCGCGAUACCAACAUCGAGGCGCUCCGCGAGAGUGCCCGCAAGUCGCACCAGAAGCUCUUCCGUCUCGUGCGCAAGUUCCGUGCCGUCCUGGGUCAGCCAAUGGGGCCUGUGAUCCUCCAGGGUCUCCCGGACAUCGAGUCGGAAGCUGUCGUGCAGGGCAGUGGUGUAUUGGCGCUCUACUCGUACGAGCGCGCCAUUGCGAUGGAACAGCCGCUGGCGGCGGCCAAGAUGUGUGCACAGCUUAUUCCGAGCUGGGGCAAGGACCCGCACACGCGCCGCCUGUCCGGCAUCGACCGCAUCGUCGGCAUUAUGGCUAAGGCGAGCACGCUGCCCGAAGCCGCCCUGGACGCGUCUGACAUUGUCGCGACGUUCUUGACCGACCUUGUGUCGUCGGCAUCCGAACUGCGCAAAGAGACGCCGGGUUUGCUGACGGACGAGAACAAGGCGGCCGUCAAGCAGCUCAAGACCCGCAAGACCCGCCUGUUUGACGAGACGGUCAAGGCCGUCCGCCAGAUGGGCUUCAGCAACAACCUCGGCACGAGCCGCCUGGCGGCCCAGGCGUCGCUCGAGAUGAUCUUCUCAGGCCACAAUGCCACGCGACUCCCCGACGAAUUCGACCUCCCCGGCCUCGAGUACGGCUUCCAUAAGUUCAUGGGCCUCGCGCCCCAGUUCCGCAAUGCGCUCUACGACCACAGCAGCGACCUCCAGCGUGUUGUCGCCCGCCGCAGCGUGGGCUACCUGGAGGGCAUACUCUUUGUCUCGUUGCAGCAGCGCGAGCUCCUUGCCAAGUCAACCCAGGGACUGGUGGCUUUCGACGACCAGAUCGCCUACGUUCAGGGUCUCAGCAGCUGCUUCGAUGCCGAGGUCGCCGUAAGCCUCGAUAGCGUGUCCGGCGACCACACGCGUGUUCUCCGGUGGCUGGUCUCAAUUCUGCAAGUGGCUGUCCAUCUCGUGAGCAUCCACGCUCGCCUGGCUUCGGUCGACGUCAAGUCCGUGCAGUCCACGUUGGAGGGAUGGACGACGAAGCUGUCCAAGCAGCUCGCUCUCCUGGAUGCGGCGCCUGCGCUCCCCUCGGGCUUCGUCUCACCCAAGACUCUCGCCAUCCGCAGCGAGGUCGCGGCCGACGUCACUCGUUUUGCCGCGGAGCUGGACCAGCAAAUCGAUCAGCGUCCCGAGCUCGCCUACAUCCUCCGCCAAAUCAAGCUCUGGCUCAGCACGCGUGGUCAAGAUGACUCUCAGGCCGUCCCUCUGGGCGACCAGCCGGAGACGGCUCUGGCUGCCUUCACCGACGAAGCGCUCAACCUAUCCAAGAUGGUGCUUGAUGCUGUGCAAAAGUUCAACAAGUCCGUCUCGGACCUACCCACAUCCACAGAGGAGACGGCGUGGCUCGUCAACUACAGCGCCAAGCUGUCGCUGGCCGUCAAGUCUCUACAUGUCGACACCGUGUCGAGCAGCGUGGAGCGGUGCAUCGAGCUUCUCCGCUCGGUCUGCAGCUCAUCGAUUUCGCAAGCACCGGCCGCGCUCCUCCGUGUCCUGCUGCCGCUUCUGCAACAAUACGCCUCCACCUACCGCCACACGCUGCUCCAGCUGACCACCGUGCACCGCUCCACGUGCCAGCUGGGCCACCGCCUCAGCCGUGCCUUUGUGGAGAUUGCCUCCCAGGGCUUCUGCACACCUCCCGAGAAGACGUCAGACGAAAAGGCCAACGACACGAGCGGCAAGCUCGAGGACGGCACGGGUCUUGGUGACGGCGAGGGUGCCGAGGACAUCAGCAAGGACAUUGAGCCGGACGAGGACCUUUCGGAGCUGGCGCAGACGGCCAACAAGGAGAAGAACGACAAGGACAAGGACGAGGGCAUCGACGACGAAAAGAACGCGGUUGACAUGGGGGACGACGAAAUGGAGGGCGAGCUCGGCAGCGUGGCUGGUGACGACGAAGACGAGGACGACGAGGAUGGCGACGACAAUGACGCCGAAGAGGAGGAAGACGACAUGGACGAAGAGGCUGGCGAUGUGGACGACCUGGACCCGACGGCCGUCGACGAGAAGAUGUGGGACGGCGAGGACGACGCCAAGGACACAGACAAAGAGCAGCAGGGCAAUGAGGCAGCCGGCCAGAAGAACGAGGAAGACGACCUGGCCGCGGCCACGGACGAAAACGCCAAGAGCAAACCUGCUGAGGAGCAAGCGACGGCCGCCGACGAGGCCAAGCCCGAGGAUGAGAAGGAAGCAGACGGCGAAGACGGCGACGACAAGAAGGAGGAUGGCGACGGCAACGAGGACGACGAUGACGACGACGACGCCAUUGGCGAAGACGAUGAAGAGGCCGGCCCACAGCAAGAACUCAGCCGGCAAGACCAGAAUGUGGAGCAAAACGAUGUCUUGGAUCUGCCGGAUGACAUGCAGCUCGAGAACGAGGACGGCAAAAACGACGAUGGUGACGAUGACUUUGACGACCUGGACGACCUGGACGACCUUGACAACAAGGACGAAGAGGCUGCUGAAGAGCAAACAGAGGAGCCACGUGGCAAGGAGGACGAGGCGGACGCCAGUGCCAAGGAGGACGUGAAUAAGGAGGAAGUGGACCAGACGAUGGAUGGUCCUGAGGAGUUGGAAGACAACAAGGAUGAGGUGAAUGAGGACGAGGAUGAGGCUGAGGAGGUGGACGGCGAGGGCGCCAAGGAAGAAGGCCAAGACGAGAUGGAGGUAGACGAGGAGGAUGACGAGGAAGAGGGCGCGCCUGAGCCGCUGAAGAACGCCAAGCCCGACGAGAAGGAAAAUGCGGCACAGAGCGACGUGCAGAGCGGUGUCGGCCAGGAGCAGGACAACACGACCGGCGCUGAGGAACAGGACGACCAAGACGACGCGUCGGCGCCGAACAAGAACAACAGCGCCAAGCGCGAGCAAGGCGACAAGGGCCAGCAGGACGCGGAUGACCAGGAGAUGGCGUCGGGUGGUGACGGCACGGUCUCGAACCGCGAGCGCGAUCAAAACGAUGAGGACCCCACGCAGCAGGAGGACCCGUCCGCGGCCAACGCCGACCAGGACGAGCGGCAGCCGUUCAAGAAGCUGGGCGACGUUCUCGAACGGUGGCACAAGACGCGGCAGGAGAUCAAGCAGGCUGAAGAGACCGUCGAGCAGGAGACCAAGAACGAGAACGCCGAGAACCAGAGCACCGAAAAGGAGUUCCAGCACCUGCACGACGAGGACGCGGCGCCCACGACGCAAGCGAUGGGCGCAGCGGAAGACGAAGAGGCCAAGCCGUUUGACGACGCGAUGGCGAUUGAAGAGGACGAGCCGCAGCAGCCGCAGCAGAUCAAGAACGAGGAGGAGGACCAAGACGCGGCGGGCGAGGGCAAGCAUGCGGGCAACGACGAGACCAACGAGGACGAGGGCGAGCCAGACGUGAACGAAAAUGACCAGAUGAAGGACGACGACACCGAGGAGAACAGCGCCAAGAAGAACGAGCGCGACGAUGGGCGGGCGGGUGCUUCGAUGCAAAAGGGCGCGUACGACCGCAAUGCGGACGAAGACGAAGACAGGAUCAAACAGGAAGACGAAGAGGACGACGAGGACGAGGACGAGGACGAGGACGAGUUCGUCACGAAUCAGCUUUUGUCGACGCACCUCGACGACGACGUCUUUGACGACACCGACCCCUCGCUCAUUUCCAUGGACGACGCCAUCCGGCAGUGGUCGGGCUUCCAGACCGCCACGCACCCGCUGUCGCUGGCCCUGGCGGCACAGCUGCGCCUGAUCCUCACGCCGUCGCAGGCCACACGACUCUCGGGCGGCUUCCGCACGGGCAAGCGGCUGAGCAUCCGCAAAAUCAUCCCGUACAUUGCGUCGGGCUACAAGCGCGACAAGAUCUGGAUGCGGCGCAGCGUGCCGACGAAGCGUGCGUACCAGAUCCUGCUCUGCGUCGACGACAGCAAGAGCAUGGGCGAGGGCCUAGCGGGCCUGUCGACGUCGUCCGACGCGGGUGUCUCUGGAUCGGCGGCCUCGCCCGGCCAGCUCGCGCUCAGCUCGCUCGUCAUGGUGGGCCGCGCGCUGUCCAUGCUCGAGGCCGGCCAGGUGGGCGUUUUGGGCUUUGGCGUGCGCGUGUUUACGGCGCACGCCCUGGACGCCGAGCAGUCGUUUGCCGGCGCGUCGGGCGCGGGCGCGGGCGGUGCGGCCGCACAGACGCUGCGGCGGUUCACGUUCCAGCAGGACCGCACGGACGUGGCGCUGCUGCUCCGCAGCACGAUUGACCGUUUCAAGCACGCGCGCGAGAUGAACGUGGCGUCGAGCAGCAGCGCCGACCUGUGGCAGCUCGCCAUUAUUCUGUCGGACGGCCUGACGCCCUCGGCGGCGCACGAGCGCAUCCGGCUGUUGCUGCGGGAGGCGGCCGAGGCGCGGAUCAUGGUGGUGUUUGUGAUUCUCGACGGCGGCAGCAGCAAGAAUGACAAGAACAACAAAAGCAAUAAGAGCAGCAAAAACGGCCAGAACGGAACGGCCGCCAACGGCUCAGACAGCGUGCUGGACCUCAAAGAGGCCAAGUUCGUCAAGGACCCGGCGACGGGCGCGAGCCGCAUUGUCAUUGAGCGCUACCUCGACACGUUCCCGUUCCCGUACUAUCUGAUUGUGCACCACCUGGACGACUUGCCGUCGGCACUGUCGGGCCUGCUGCGGACCUGGUUUGCGGAGGUGAACGAGUGA